AGGUGAAUUAGUGUGUUAGUGGUCAUUUGAAUGACUAGAACUAUAUUAUAAUAACACAUAUCAGAUUAUGCACAUGGGAAAAUCACUCUCGGAGCAGGCUGCAUCUAAACCAUACCAGGGUGUUAGAGUCAAAGACCCUGUGAAAGAACUGCUGCGCAGAAAGAGAGGAAAUACAGCCAAACCAGUGCCCCCAACUGCACAGGUCGUGAUUCCCAACAAUGCUUUGCCUUCAUAUGCACACGUUGGGUCUUCUGGUUUUGCAGGAAGCAGUCAAAGUGCUCUGACUGAAUCAGUUGUAGAUGUUGGUGCUCUGUGUCCUGGUUGGGUUGCUCAGCCCAGCAGUACAGCUGCUUUUCAGCCCCUGGGUCACUGGGCUCCUCCUGAAUAUUUUCAACAUGAGCAGACUCUCUCCACUCUCCCCUCCCUUACAAGUGACAUGUAUGUCCAGCCUGUGUGUCCCAGCUAUGCAGUGGUGGGCCCGUCCUCUGUUCUCACCCUGGCCCAUACCCCUCUUUUCACCAACCUUGGGACCAUAAGCUCCUCCAGUUCAGGUCUGCCCCAGAUAGAUGUCCAAGAUGGCUCACUGGCAUACAUUCCAUGGGCCCCACCCUUGUCCCCCUGCCCACAGAAUGUGGCUUCCCAGCUUCUGCCCAUGCCUGUGUCUGAUCCAGAACCUCAGCAGGAGGAACCUGCUCCAUCCUCAGAGGGCACCCUAGCUUUAGAGAAACUUCUGGAACAGGAUGAGGAAGAUCAGAAAGAGCCCUAUACCUGUAGUCCUUCACUGUUUACACAAGACAUUUAGAAUGCUUCAAUCCACUUUUGUACCUUUGCUGUUCUCUGCACUGAAAUGUCACCUGUGAAGUAUGCAGUCCAUCUUUAUACCAUAAAUCAUUUAUUCAACAA